AUGGCAGAAGUGCAAAGCGCACAGCUUUACACUCUUAGCAAUGCUUUUUUACAUUCAGAAGAUGACUGCUACCGAUUGUUCGGAGAGCCGGAUGCUGCUGACCUGAGGUUUGUAGUACUACACGACUAUGUCCUCUCGGUUACUCCGUUCCAACCAAAAAUACUGAAGCAGAACCCGGUGACAUCUUUCAAUCAACUUUCAGCAGCGAAGGCUCGGUUGCAGCGACAGUCUGGAAUCCAGGACUUUCAGGAACUCUCUCGGUCCCUCACCGAUAAGAUACCUAAUAGUGGUGGCAUCGCAUUUAGGUAUACCAACCCAUCCAUCAGCUCGAUGCACAAGAUCCUCUCCCAGACUGAACUCGACAAUCACACCAACCGGCUUUUAGAUUUCCUAGGCCGAGGUGAACUCGAUUCAAAGCAUGAGAUACUUGUUGGACACGGUUAUGGAGGCUUGAUUUGUGAACAGGCCUUUAUGCGGCUACAAACCAACUCAGCGAGCCUGAAAUCGGCCCGGGCGAAGAAACGAUUGCGCGGGAUGCUACUUUGCAACACACCACAUUUCCGAGCCGGGUUGGCGCAGUGGACCUUUUUGACUGCGAAAGAACUCAAUCUCACCACGGCGAGGAGCAGGGAGGAUCAGGAUUGGUCAGGAUGCUUGGAUGAUUUCAUCAGAAUAUCCAGGAUGCAGGCACAAUUUGCCGACAUCGUUGAGAAAUCAGCCAGCCAGAUCAGACUUGCCUGCUGUUUUGCAAAGCAACCUGACCCGGUGACAAAACUCUUCCUGUCUCCAGAGUUUUGCUGCCUUCCUUCUGUCGAAGCGAUCGAAAUCCAUAACUCGAGCCAUUUUUGUGUCAACACAGCACAAGAGGAUCUUACGUACAUCAUCGAAAGACUCGCAGACUGGGCCAAAGCAAUACAGGAGGGGCAAAAACUCACCCGUGAUCUACUCUCGCUGCGAUCCCUGGCUGGUUCGUCGCGGUCCAACGAUCCAGCGUGGCAGUGGGACCCACAGUCGGCCAAAAAAUACUGGAUCCUGAGCUGGAAGGGCAAAUCGAAUAUGUCUGCUGUGAGCGUAGCGCUGGGCGACAUCAUCAAGGAGAUGUCCUCACCGAGUUCGACAACCCGACCGAUCGCAACGCGAGAUGAUGUCGUGCCUUUUCAGUACAAAGAAUUAAUUGACUUUGGGGUGUCGCGCAUCAUCAAGAAUGACUUCAAGUACUGGCAGUCUCUUCUCAGUCCUGAUAUUGAGGGCGCGGGCUACAAGAUCGUGGUCAGGGAGGAGUGGUCGACAGAUCGCACAGUCGAGUACUUGAAGGCUGCUCUGCAGUUACAGGCUGUGAGAGAAAGCCUCAAGGUUGGGGAGCCCAGAUUCCACAUCGUAACCGGGGUGAUCUAUGGCAGCAAAGAAGCGGACGGCAAUACGAGCGAGCGGUCGGCGGUCUUGGGAUACCAAUGCCAGAAAGCUUCGGUGGUGUCUCUGACGGCGUCACCACCGAACAGCACAAGGCUUGUCAUUGAGCAGGUUGAGGUACGCUCAACCAUUAAAACCUUGGACCAACCAACCAUUACGGUAGCACCGAUACCAGAGGUCGAGGCUGAGUCUUCAGGAGUUCGGUUUAUUGGGGAGGAAUCCGAAGCCCAGAAACUAGAAGAUCAAAGAACCAAAGAAAAGCCCCCGAGACGUCGCAUCAGCAGGCCAGACACAUGGUUUCGUCAUCGAUAUUUCGUCAAGUGA